CGGUCCCUCCCCUCGUGACGUCAGCAGCUGAUACCCGACGUAAACAAGGCGUCCUGCAGCAGUUUUCCUCCUCAAAUGGCCUCCCCUGCUGUCCGCGUGUGUGUUUGCUGACCAAUGAUUCCGGUCAUGAGCAAGGGAGUGAGUGAGAUGCGCCAGAGAUAGACGACGUCCUCUGCCGAGCUAAGACAGCACAGGCAUUGAACACGCAGCGCAGCGCAGCAAAGGAAUAUUUAGAAGUUAUGUCCAAACCCUCUGGUACGGCAUCAGCUCGACUGCGAGCUGAUUAUAUGCGUAUCAAGCGUGACCCUGUGCCUUAUGUGACUGCAGAACCCCUUCCAUCCAACAUACUUGAGUGGCACUAUGUAGUGGAGGGGCCUGAGGAGAGUCCUUACGCAGGUGGUUAUUACCAUGGCAAGCUGGUGUUUCCCAUGGAGUACCCAUUCCGCCCUCCCAGCAUAUACAUGCUCUCCCCAUCAGGACGCUUCAAGACCAACACCCGCCUCUGCCUCUCCAUUUCUGACUUCCACCCAGACACAUGGAACCCAGCUUGGUCUGUGGCAACCAUCCUCACGGGCCUCCUCUCCUUCAUGCUUGAGCAAUCUCCAACCUUUGGAAGCAUUGAAACAAGUGACUAUGAAAAGAGACACCUGGCCCAGCAGAGUCUGAGCUUCAACCUCAAGAACAAGACCUUCACUGAGUUGUUCCCAGAAACUACUGAGAUCAUAGAGAAGAAACUGGCCCAACGAGAAAAGGAACUGGCUGAGAGGGCCAAGGCAUCUGAAAAUGGGAGGCAGAUUGACCAAGACCCAACAAUUAGUGACAGCAGUCAGCAGAAUAUGGAUGGAAGUCAGAUGUCUGCCUUGACCAAUCUUCUGGUUGUAGUAGGCUUUGCAUUUUUUGCCUGGACUGUUUCUUAUAUUGUUUCAACACUAAGUGAAGAGCAAGGAUAGUGCUAAUUUAGGUGCAAUAUUGUAACUAUAUGACAAAUUGCACUUGAAUGGAGGAGUUAUUUACAAUUUAACCUGUGUAGACAAAUCUAUACAAUACUGUACAUUAAUAUUAUUAAAUAUUUAAUGAUGUUAUGAAAAUGAAUGUUUGUUGUGACUAGAUAUUAAGUUUCACGUUGUCUGCUUUCUUUGGUUUAUGCUUUGUCCAUUUCUACAACUUAUACUCUUUUUAAAAAUCUAUUAGUAAGAAUCUAACCAAAAAUGUAUGUUGGAGAUGAAAAGUAUGUGUAAUACAUGGUAUUUUAUUAUCUUGUUAUAUCAUUUUAUAUUUCCUUUACAAAUUAGUGUAAAAUACAAAAGAACAGACUGAUUUUUUUCUAUUUUGCCAUUAUCUUCACUCCACAGUGUCCAUACAACUAAAUAAAGGUUGUUAGACAAUGUGUGAAUAUUAGUCAGUUAUCUCAGCCAGCAAGUGGUGAAUGUUGUUCCUGAAUCUCUCAAUAGUCUUCUCAUAGCCACGUCUCACAAGGUCACUAGUGGGUCAGGUGCCACAGUCCAACACAGUGUCAUCGUGAGCACCCAAAACAAACUAUUCUCUACGAUGCCCAUUUUUUCUACUCGGCAUCCAAUACUGAAGAGAUUUCCCAUGGUUUCCUCAUAUUUCUUAACUUCUAUAUCAACACCAAACACUAUAUGAACAAGGAUUUUCGCAGUAUUUUUUGUUUGGUUAUGGAGCUUACACACUUAUUGUGCUGGACUGUGGAGCUGGCCCCCUGUCAUUUAUGAACUUUUAGCAACAAAACAUCUCACCCAACUGAUUUUCCUUUGUGUAUUUCCUCACCUGUUGACAAUAAGCAAAUAUGACAAUCCCAGAAAAUUAUAUUGAUACAUCUGUUCACUUAUUCCCUUAUGUAGAGUUACAGAUAGUUCUUCAAGUUUAUAUGAUUGAAAUUAAAAUGCAAUAACCAUACUUACCAGCUAUAUAAUCAUCUCAUUUGAUCAACAUUUCUCGUGUAGUAUGCUGUAUUAUGCAGGAAUUGGUCUAACUAACUUCAACAUAACAAAUUAUACAGAUGUUUAUUUUUAUGAUACUGCUGAAUGGGGAAUAGAUUUUUUGUGAUAAC